AUGCAGCCAGAGCCGGCGAAGGGGACCGCGCGCAGGGUCCCGCGGGAGCGAGCGGGCAAGGGCGCGCAGGGCGCAGGGGCCCGCGUGGGGUGUGCCAAGGCGGAGCCCCCGACGCCGGGCUGGACCCUCGCGCUGGAGGGGCUGGCGGCCAUGCGGCCCGCGCAGCGCCACAGCCACCUGCUCUUCGGCGACCUGCUGGAGGACGUGGGCGCGGCCGCCUCCGUCUUCCCGAGCGAGUCAGCGGAGCUGGGGUACCGCAUGCCUGACCCGCGCGCGUGGACGCUGCCGCUCGAGCCGCCCGCGCAGCGCCAGGACCGGGUCCUCGGCGUCCUCAAGGCCGCCGAGGCCCGCGGCCGAGUCCGCGCUCUCCGACUGCGCUACGCCCGCCUGCAGGCGGAGGAGGUCUCGCUCCUCAUCCUGCGGCAGAAGUCCGCGCGCGCCGCCCUCCGGCUGGAGCUGUUCCUGCCGCCGCAGCUGAAGGCCACGCGGAUCCCAGACCCCUUGGACCGUCAAGAGCGGAGGCGCGUGGAAACCAUUCUGGAGGAGAAAGUCGACGGCAGCAUCUUCCCGCGCUGA